AUGGCGGGCAAGUUCGUAAUGGCAGAUGCUUGGGCCAAGAAAGUUGAAACAAGGGUAAAUGAUAGCUUCGCCAUCAGACAAUCCCCAGGGGAAGGACUGAGGGACUUCUUAUCUCAAUUCAACAAGGUGAGGAUGACCUUACCAAAUGUCUCCGAAGGGAUGGCCGUAGCAGCCUUCCAGAAUGCGAUGAAUAGAGAAGGUUCAAAGGCGACUAGAAAGCUACUAAGCCGAUUGAUAAAGUAUCCACCAGCUACCUGGGAUGAGAUCUAUAAUGCCUAUUGUGUCGAGAUCGGGGAAGAUGAUGAAGACCUCAAUAGGUCAACCCGGCGACUCAUCUCAGUGCAAUCCGAACCUUGGAGGGAACAUAGGGACAACACAAGGAGAGACCCUCCAAUGCCGCGAUCAGACGUGGUUUACGCACUCGAGAAGCUUGGAUCAAAGGUGAAAUGGCCACCAAAGAUGAGGUCCGACCCAAGCACCAGGAAGUCCGACGCCUUCUGUGAGUUCCACAAAGAUCGUGGACACAAAACAGAAGACUGCCACGCUUUAAGGUUAGAAGUGGCGAACCUGCUGCAACAAGGACACCUCAAAGAGUUUCUGAGCGACAAAGGCAGGAAUACCUUAGCAAAAGGCCGAGAACGUCCAGACUCGCCAAAGCCUCCCUCUCCCGCUCGCACCAUCAACAUGAUUAUUGAGGGUAGUGACGACGCCUUCAUCAAAAACAUCAAAUUCACUGCCACUCACAAAUUCAAGAGAUCAAUCACCCCACGAACGUUGAACAAACUUCGGGCGAGAUCCCCUCGUCCUCAAUGGUGGGGUGAUGCUGGAGAUGACGUUUCAUAUCAUGGAUCAGGAUACGACAUACAACACAUC